ACGGCCGCGGACAACCCGCCGCGGACGUUCCCCCGGGGUCCUCGCGCGCCGGAAGUCCUUGCGCUCGGCCUUUUCCGUCUGGACUGGAGGCAGGCGGCUGCGAGCGGCCGGCGUGCUCCGAUCGGUCGGAGCUAACCGCUGCCAGGCGGGCUGCCGCGGCCCGGCGUACGCCCCAGUCGAGCGAAGAUGGUGGGCCGGAACAGCGCCAUCGCCGCGGGCGUGUGCGGUGCCCUCUUCAUCGGGUACUGCAUCUACUUCGACCGCAAAAGGCGGAGUGACCCCAACUUCAAGAACAGGCUUCGAGAACGAAGAAAGAAACAGAAGCUUGCUAAGGAGAGAGCUGGGCUUUCCAAGUUACCUGAUUUAAAAGAUGCUGAAGCAGUUCAGAAGUUCUUCCUUGAGGAGAUCCAGCUUGGUGAAGAGUUACUAGCACAAGGUGACUACGAGAAGGGUGUGGACCACCUGACAAAUGCCAUUGCUGUGUGUGGACAGCCUCAGCAGCUGCUGCAGGUGUUACAGCAGACUCUUCCACCACCAGUGUUCCAGAUGCUCCUGACCAAGCUUCCAACCAUUAGUCAGAGAAUUGUAAGUGCUCAGAGCUUGGCUGAAGAUGAUGUGGAAUGAGCCAGAUACCAACAAGAUAAAAUCUCAGUAAAAUAAUUUAACAGUUAGCUUGGAAGCUGGUCAGCUCUGGGGGAAUAAGGGCAAAUUGUGCUGUCGUGAACUGUCCCACACUGACAUCUGCCAAAGCGAAUAUGAACUUUGGUAGAUCCAUUGUCUGUUCUAUUUAUUUUUCCAGUGAAAAGUAUUUUGAUAGAGCUUUUCAUUUUAUAAAUACACUGAGUUAACCAAAAUAUCAUGGAUUUCCGUUUGUUCUUAAGACAUGCAAUUCAAAUGUAAAUACAGUAGAGUAUUACUUAGUAGAAACUCGUGGUGAUUUUAAGAUUGGAAAAGAAUCCGAGGAAGAGUUGAAUAACGCACACUCUAAAGACCAGAACAUUUUAUUGUAUGUUGUAAAAUUGGGUAGAAAUUUGUGUUUGUGAAAACUGAGCAUUAAAACCUUACAGAGACCGUUUCUCAUUUACUUAAGAAAAUGUGUGGUGUGUUGUCUGUUGUUAAUUCCAUUCCCUCCAUGUGUUUCCUUAAAAGCUUCUGUCUCCAUUAGUGGCUUCCUGUGCUCUGGGCACUUAACUCCUAAUCUUUCAAACACGGGGAUGCAAACAGCACAGGGAUUAGACCUGUGUGCACCCUGACCUGGAGGGUGAGCUUUGCCUGCUGUCUGCUCGGUUGGCUCUUUAUACAGACUGAGGCUCGGUCUGCCCGUCUCUGCGGUGUUCCAUCUCAGCAUUAGGUCAGUUGGUUCUGUUGAGUGUCUUCAGGUCUGUCUCCAGCUGGUGAUUAUUUCAGAAUAACCAGACCUUGUACUUGUUUAUAUUCUGAAUUUGCAUGUUUGCCUGACUUAGUAUUUCUCAAUUAAAACCUCUUAAGUGGAGUAAUUUCUUUGUCAGUUGCUACUGAUGUGAUUCUGUUACUGUUGUGUAAAUUAACCAGAAACUCAUCCUUAAGGAAGCUGGGGUGGUCUUCUUGUGCAAGUGUUUUUGCUUUUAACAGAAUUAUCUCUUCAGUUCUACUAUGGAUUGAUUAAUUUAUCUUACAGUGACAGUGGCGUGCCACCUUGACUGGAGAUCUUGUGGUCUGCUACUAUCUGUUCACCAAGCAGCAUUCUCACAGGACAGCUCACUUACAUCAGUGCUGUAGACUUGUUCUUGGCUGUCCUCACCUGUGCUGGGUCAGUGUAGUGGGAAGAAUCUGGAAAUGGAGGUUUUAGUUAGCUUCUGCCUGUUUGGUGUUUGGAUAACAGCUUUGGACAACUCCAUUCACUCAAGAGCCUUUCUCUAAUGUUUGCUGGUGGGAUGCCAGACAUGGAGAGGCACACAUUUGAGACCUCUUCCAUGAGUCCUAGGCCUUUUGAUCCCGAGUCCUUAAACAUUACGUUCUUGGUAGGUAAUACAUGUUUUGGGGAAUGAUGCUACAAACAUGCCGGUUGCAUUUUGCUGGUAGAAUCUUUAGUCCCAAGCUUCAUAAUGGUGACUUGUCGGAGAUUGACAUCACUGUAGAGUCCUAUGUCAGCCCAGAUGUGGAGAAGACCACAUGGCACUGCUUACAGAGGUAAUCUGCAGUGCACUGGAUGCCCUGGGCCCUGAAGUUGCAGAGGUGGAGAUGCUGUUUUACUUUGAGGCUGAUUAAGCCAAGUCUGUUUACAUGCAGGACAGAUGUGGGGCUUUGGCACUGUCACUUGUGAACACUAGAUGCUUGUUUUGGUUACAACUAUUUUCCUUCACAAAACAAAUGUUGCACCCCAGCUCACCUGAAGUUAAAUAGAAGGAAGCAGAAAGCGUUGGUGCUAGUCAGUAAGGCCAGAAGGCAAGAUUAACACCCAACAAAGAUAAAAGCAGUUUUAAGUGUUGCCGUGGGAAGUCUGGAGAGGGAAUACAUGUUAGGGCAUGUUGGCAUGCUGCCUUGGGUGCCACUGUCUUAACUGAAAACAUUUUAGCCAGCUGCCUGAAAAGAUGUAAACAGCCCCAGUAGUGUAAUGUGCACACUUUGAGGCAAAGUCCAGGUGCUGUGUUCCUGCAUCUCCGUCCAGCAGGUUAGGUGUGCAUACCACCGUGCACCCGCAUCUGUGACCUUGAACCAGCCUGCAAACCAGAGUGCUGAUGCACUGUCGUGGAAGUGGUGUGGCUGGUGCGUGACAAAUCCAUUCUUCUCACGUCAGAAAAUGAAGUGUUCAUUGCCUGUGCCUCAGCUGUAUUAAAGGGAUUGGAGAACAUCUGGCUUGGUGUGUGUUUGCAGAACUGAAUGCUGUUGAUUUUGGUGACUACCUUAGGACACCGCAUUUUAGGUUAGCGCCCAAAGGCCCUCUCCCAUCUCACCCCUUUAGUAAACAAAAGCCUGUUUACUACCCGAUUUCCAGUAUGGAAAGUAUUUUAGGUUCCAAGUUAGGCCCUUCUUCCUUGAUCCCAGGAGGUGAGAGACUAGCAGUGUCUGCGGUGGAUUUGGUGUCUGGGAUGUGACUUCUAAGUGGGUGAUGUGGCGACCAAUAGGAAAGGGAGAGACUUGAUAACAGUGACUCAGCACUUUUGAAAUGUUCAAGAUUUUAAAUUUGUUACAAUCCACAGUUACACUAAGCAGUUUCCACAUUUUGGGAAUAAGGUAAUUUUACCCUUACCCAAUCAAUACAAGACAGGUUACCCUCUCCCCUGUGUGUGUAAGAGACAACUAAAAAGCUACAAUUGAAGGCUUUGGAGAAUUAACCAUUUAAAGUGCUUUUACUACCUUAGCCUACCCACAGGGAGGCUACAUGCAAAAGCUGCCCAAGUCAAAUAGUUUUGCCAAGUAGUAAGGGGCUGGAAGGUGAAAAGUUGACCCUAGAGAAUGCUCCAGCUACCCUUUGGGGCAGGUGGCCCUGGCCCCUGUGUGCAGGUGUGCCUGCAGUAGGCAUUGUGGAGACAGGGGUGUGUGUGUGGGCGGGUGACUGCUGUACUUGACUGAAGUGUAAGAAGCUUUGGUAAGGAUUUGACCUCUAGCAGUCUAGAGGUUUCUGCACUUACCACAGUGACACAGAGAGUCCCUACAGGACUGACUAGGAUCAGCACAUCCUGUGCUGUUGAAGCUGCCCACAUCCCAUUCCUCAAGUUCCUCUCUCUCGCUGUCAAUCAGGGCUCUACUGACAGCAGACCAUUCCCUCACCCCCUUUCAGUUUCCUUGAUGUGACUUACCUCUUUUUGUUUAUUUCUUUUGAGACAGGGUUUUUCUGUGUAUUUCUAGCUGUCCUGGAAUUGUUCUGUAGACUAGGCUGGCCUGAAAGUUGCCUCCUGCCUCCACCCCCCUCCCGACCCCCCAAACCCUGGGUUUAAAGGUAUGCACCACGACUAACUGUUGAGGCUCAGUCUCCUAAGAGCUGUGAUUUCUGGAAUGUAUCAGUAUGCCCAUUUUAGGACCCACCUUUUGGAUUAAGGAAUAUCGCACGAAUUAGUGCAUAGUCUUAGUAGAACAGCUCCCUUCUGACUCUGCUUAUCACUGAUAAGGAAGACGUUAAGGCUGGAUUUUGAGUUUGAGACCAGUGUUGGGCACACAGUUCUAAGGACGCCGUGGAGACUGGAAAGUUCAGGAUUUGAAUUAGGACGGGUAAACUGACAAGAUUAAAAUCAUGGGGGGUGGGGGCUGGGAAGUUUUUUGUUUUAUACUUUUCAUAUAUCUUAGGCUGGCCUUGAACUCUUGAUCUUCAUGUCUUAAUCCAUGGAGAACUGGAUUUACAGGUCUGCUAUGCCUAGCUACUUAGUUAUUUAGGACAGGGUCUCACUAUGUAGCUUUAGCUGGCCCAGAACUCAGAGAUCCAGCUGCCUUCGUUUUCCAGCCCUCACAAUAACAAACAGGGACUCAGUUGUUCCCACCUUCAUUCCUCAGUAGUGUUAGUAUCAGGAUUAGAUCCUAUCAGAGUGAUGAUGGAUGCUCUAAUUCCCAAGUGCUGGGACCACAGGCAUUUGCCUCCGUGUUUGCUUUUCAAGAGUUUUUAUUUACGUUUCUGACUUGAAUUUCAUAGGAAACUGUUGGAAAGUUUUAGCUUGGUGUUAAGGCAGAGUUUCCAGCACUUUCUGAAAUGACCCUAAACACUGCUUCCAUGUUAUACUGUGUUUAUGUAAAGCAGUGUUUUCUGCAUCAACUAUGAAGUUGAAAUAGCCAGCUCUAAAUAAUGCUGACGGCACUCUGCAGCUUACAGGAUCUAAUGCUCACCCAAAAUUGUUAUGUAAAAAGCACACCCAUUUCUUCUUCCAUAUGCACCUUGGCAUUUCAAAUAAACACCUUUAUGAUUUA